AUGCCCAAGGCCGUCGGCGGCAACUCUGCAUCCGGUCGCAAAAUUGGCUACUGGCAAAGCUCCAACGUCCGCAAGCGCCAGUAUAAAGAUGGCAAGUUCAAGUGCCCUCCCGUUCGACCAGGCGACAUUCCUCUUGAUACCAAUAUUCCCUCGGUGGCCGUUGGACGCAUUUAUACUAUGCUUUUGGCACCUUUGUACACGGAAUUUACUGCCCUCAAAUAUCGACCAAAUGGGCCACAGACUUGGAUCGCCGUUGGUGGAUUCGAUUUCAGUGACCCCGGCGUAGAUCCGGAUGCAGAGACGGACACCGCGCCAGAUGUGUCCACACACAGCACCUGGAGCGACAUGGCAAUGACGACGGACCGUCGAACAGCAUUCAUACAAUUGCUCAUUACCUUUAUGGAUAAAUACGGCUUCCAGGGCAUUGAUCUCGAUUGGGAGUAUCCCGUCUCCGAGGAUCGUGGAGGACGUCCAGAGGAUACCAAAAAUUUCGUGUCUUUAGUUCGCGAGAUGCGACAGGCCUUCGGCACGAAAUACGGCAUCAGUGUGGCUUUAGCACCCGAUUUCUGGUACCUACGUUACUUCGAUGCCGUCGCCAUGCAGCCGUAUGUCGACUGGUUCGGCUUUAUGGCAUAUGAUCUUCAUGGUGUUUGGGCAUCGGACAGCAAAAGUAAACUCGUCAGAGGCCAUACGGAUGCCGAAGAAAUCUACAAAGACAUCAUCCCACUUUCCUUUGACGGCCUGGAUUUUAGGAAGAUCAACUUUGGCAUGGCAAUCUACGGGCGAGGGUUUACGCUGGCAGACCCAAAAUGUCGAGCCAUGGACGGGACCUGCUCAUGGACAGGCGGAAACGAGGCUGGUAUUUGCACCGACUUUUCUGGUGUCUUAUCCUAUGACGAGAUUCAGCAAAAGAUCUUAGACGCCCAGCGCCAGAACAGGGCAGGCCCGACCCUAGACCCUACAACAAUGAUGAAAUAUCUCACAUGGGGCGACAAGCAACAAAACUGGAUCGGAUAUUAUGAUCAAGAGACUUGGCAGCUCAAGAAGACCAAUCUGGCCGACAAAUACGGUUUUGGUGGCACAUUGUUUUGGUCUGUCGAUUUCAUGGGCCAGGGUAUGAAUAUAUCGGAUGUGUACAUUGACCCUUCACUGGUCUGUCAGGAUGGAAACAAUGGCAACCGCAUCGCAUCUUGCCAUCAACCGUGUCGUUUGAUUAUGCCCCAAUGUGCCAUACCCACGACAACCGUGACGGCCACAUAUACCAUCACAUUCGAGGUUUACCAGGGUCCGUCUUCGACUCUUACCGAGACAAUGAUCACGGAAGUCACAGUUACGACAGCCUCCAUCUCGUUCUCGCCUGUCUACGUCGGCGGUGGCCGCAAUGGAGGCGACACAUUUACCCCUGUUCCCAUCAUUCCUAUGCCAUCCAUGAUUCUUUCUGUGACCCCAACUGCCGGUGGCACUGUGACAACCCGUACAGUCACCCUGCCUAACUGGCCUACGACAGGCCAGUGGCCACCCCCCGGCGGAGUCACUAACCAGGACCCUUGGCAAGCGCCCACGCACAGCGAUGCCAGCAGCAGCACGUCAACACAAGAACCCUUUGCUCCUCUUCCGCCGCUAUACCCGAUAACGGGCCCUACAGACCCUCCAGUACCCAAGGAGACAGAUUUUAGAACGACCGAGACGACCGAGACGACCAGCACGACAACAGCUGCGGUUGUCAUCAUGACAUGGCCGCCAGGUGUAAUAGAACCUACAGACAACGACGAUGACGAUAUUAUACCAUGUCAUGCAUGGUUCCUUACCGGCUUUAAAUUGAAUUUUCCAAUACCACCUGGCCUUUACAUUUUUCCACCUCCCGAUCCUCCUUCUAUUAAACCACCCCCAGGCAUGAACAUUAAUCUUAAACCCGAGCCACACAUCAUUCUGACACGUGGCAAGGACAACAAAUGGACCACGUCGCAGCGGAGUGACCAAACUAGUUCCUGCGCACACAGUACCACGGUGUUUGAUACGGCAACAUCCGUGACGGCGACGGUAACAAUUAGCGGAAAGAGCACAUGGACAUCGACAGCUACAGUGCGGUCAACGCAGAUUCCCCGGACCGGUUGUCACUUGCAGGCCACGGCCACAACCGGCCAAACAUUUGUGACAAACACUAACUGCCCACAUGCCAGAGGUAUUGUAGCCUUUGAACGCAAAAACGAGGAAGAUGACAGUGAUUCAGAUGGUAGUGAUGCAGAUGGUAGUGAUUCAGACAGUAGUGAGUGGGCCGACCAUCAGCUCCAUUCCGCUCAGAGACAUGCCAACAAUAAAUCUCUUGGCCAUGAUGAUAACCUUAGCCAAUCAAGACCUGGUAAGAAUACCAGAAAAUCUACCAGCCGACGACAUCCAUCUGCACCGCAAUCUCCACACAGACGAGAAGAAAACAAUGACAUCGACAUUGACUGUUGGUUUGGCCAUUAUGGUAUACUAUUGCCCGCGGAUCCCCUUAACGUCGUCGACAUUGAUCGGCUUCUGGAUGACUACAAAGCGAAUCGGAAUCUCCAGUUCACCAAGAUAUGGGCACCAUCGCAUCGAGGGUUCACAGCAGGUUACUUUUUGGAGGACGCUACGAUACGGCUCGAGAAUGAAUUAAUAGCACUUCGGAAUAGUGGAAUCCUACGACCAUUUUUUUACAUAGAUCACUUCCACUUCAGUGACUCAUCGGAUGGAUCACUGGGCGGAUCGCUGCGACGACGAACCAGACCAGUGAUGUCAUUCAAUAUCACAGAAACCAAAGCACAAAAUAGAGAGCAGGAAGUAAGGCGCAGUACGAACGUCGUCGCCAAAUCUAGUUCGUGGAGCGCAUCUCAGGUCUCAGUUCCUAGAGGCGUUCGAUGGCCAAACGACCAAUCCCGCAUAGGGAAUGACUACCACUAUUAUUACCACCCAUCCGCUGGCCAGGGCCAAAACAUACAUGUCUGUGAGGCUGAUGAUAUUCCUUGGCACGCCCAUACAGUAAGCAUAGAUGUCAUCGCCGCCACCCUAUGUUCUCGACAAGUACAUUCUGACCACGUUGGACAGGAAUUUUCAAACUUCCAAUCACGCAACUUGCCAGUACGUGCAUACAGUGUCCGUGGGGGACCAGUCUUCACCGGCGACGGUUACCACGAGCCCCUGGUUCACAAGGGACGCCACGCCUCACAAGUGGCGGCCAUGGCUGUCGGUCAACACUUAGGUAUCGCCAAACGCGCCAACUUGUGGACAUCAACGGCUGGCGCAGAAUCAUUUAUAGAAAGCGAUGUUUUUGAAGUUGCAUUCUGGUUGAAUGACGCUUUAGUGGAAAUCCUCGAAAGCAUCGCUUCACAAAAUAACGCCCAUACCGCUGUCUUGAGCAUUUCCUUUGAUUCCGAGUUGUCUGAAAACCCCGCGAUGAUAGGUCUUGAUCUUAUGGGAACCAUUUUCUGUUGGUUUCGACCCUCCCUUACAGCUGCCAUCUUGUUCGAGUUUUACAAGCUAAAUAUUCCCAUUAUUAUGUCAUCGGGAAACAUCUAUAACAAGGACCCGGCAAUACUGUGGCCGCCAAUCCUUGCAUAUGAAACUUAUAGAGGAUACAACAGCAUUCCCGGCACGCCAAAUAGGAACGAACUCAGAAACUUUGCAAAUUCCAUCAUGUUGGUCGGUGCCACUACAAAAAACGGUCCCAAAGCUGAUUUCAGCCAGUUCAGUUCCCUUGUUCAGCUACACGCGCCAGCGAAGGCGUUAUGGGAAGUUCAAGCCCCGAAACAUGGCAAUGGUCUCAUCGAGACAAACGACGCAGACGCACAGGGGACGUCGUAUGCCGCACCGCAGGUCGCUGGCCUGAUUGCCUACUUCAGAGCACUUCCAAACACAGAUCUCCAAAAACGACUUAGUGACGUACGAACAUUGAAAUAUUUCCUGGGCAAAUUGGCACGCGUCUUGAACGUCAUGCCUGGCCUCCCAAUGCCACCUAAGUACAAAGCGAGAUUUCCCGAAACACUGAUGGUCCGGACGAUAUGGAAUGGCCAGCUGCCCGAAGACUUGUCAUGUCUCGUACAAGAGGAUAUUGACAAAAUGACGGAGGCACAGAGAAACGUUUGUCCCGACAUUAAAAACGACAAGUUCUGGAAUGAUGCAAAAUACUGGAACGCCAUCAGCACCACUGAAGAUAACGACAAGGGUCAGACCAUUGAGUGGCAACCAGGCGAACCCGGGCCGCUCUGCUCGGCAGCCGCCCCGUCCACUACUCCGUCGAAGGGCUCCGGGCGGGCAACUCUCCCUCCAGAGCUUAAUGGUCGCGCACCGCAGAUUGUCCUAGGACCAGGCCAGUGUGGCACAGGCUGCAACAGUGACUGGUACUGCGACGAUUCACCAGACGGAGUACCACCAUUUUACCGAGACCCCAAAGAUCCGAACAAGAGCAACCCCUAUUUGGGCAUUCUUCCAGUGCCGAUACCGAUCCCCACUCCGCUGCCGUCAACGGCGCCACAAGUCCGGCAUUGCCAUUUCCAUAUCACAAAAAUAUUUACGUACACGACAUCGAUCGCACCUACGAGUCCAACAUUGUCUCGGCUCGCCUGUACAAGCUACGACCCCAACAACGCCAACACUGUCCUCGGUACCAAAAAUAUCGGCACUGCGAGUGGGAAUAAGCUGGUCUGGUCGGCUUCCCAGUCCAGACUGCCUGCUGAUAUUCACUUUGCGCUAUCCAGCUGCCUUGUUCCGCGGAGCAUGAAUUUCCGCCGAGGAGUGGACGGUACGGAUGAUACGGACAGUACAGACAGUGUGGACGAGGUGGACAGUGCGGACGGUACGGAUGGUGCAGACAGUAUGGACGGCUCAGACGAUAGCCCGCUGGAGUCCGACAACUGCGUAAUCACGUUUACGACCAGCGGCCACACCUGGUCGACGGACGACCGCGAUUCGGCAAAGGCAGCGUAUUGCAACGUGGGCAAAUACUCGGGUCAUUUGACCCAAGACAUGGACUGUUUUUACACAUGCUAG